AUGCCCGGUUCGGACAGUGUGAAAGUGGCAGUACGCGUAAGACCUUUCAGUAAGAGAGAGAAGAAUGCAGGCAGCAGAUGUGUGAUUUCUAUGAAUUGCAGCACUACAAGCAUACAUGAUCCCAGGAAUCCAAGCCAUGUAAAAACCUUUACCUUUGACCUGGCGUAUUGGUCACACAAUGGAUUUUUAAAGGACCAAGAUGGCAAGCUAAUUUCAGCUGGGCCAAACAGCAAAUAUGCGGGACAGAAGGAAGUUUUCCGUGACCUUGGGCAGGGAGUUCUAGACAGCGCUUGGCAAGGUUACAAUGCUACCCUCUUGGCUUAUGGUCAGACUGGCUCAGGGAAAAGCUAUUCCAUGAUUGGAUAUGGUGCAAACAGAGGCAUAAUCCCAGUGGUCUGUGAAGAGCUCUUUAAAACAAUUCAAAACCAAGAGCAGAACAAGCAAUAUCAGGUUACAUUUAGCAUGCUGGAAAUUUACAAUGAACAGGUUAUAGACUUGCUCUCUAAAAUCAAGAAGCGGGGUGGACUCAAGUUACGGGAAGAUCAACAGCAAGGCUUCUAUGUGGAUGGCUUGAAACUGGUGCCCUGCGACAGUUAUGCACAAAUUGAGAGGCUAAUGGAACAAGGUACCAAAAUAAGAACCACUGCUUCAACCAGCAUGAAUGCCACCAGCAGUCGCUCUCACAUGGUCAUCACCAUUCAGUUCAAACAGAUUUUUCUUAGAGAAGACAUCACUAAGCAAUCCAUUAUAAAUCUGGUAGACUUGGCUGGAAGUGAAAGACAAAAAUCAUCAGGAUCAGAAGGAGACAGGCUGAGAGAAGGGUCACGUGUAAAUCUAAGUUUGACCACCUUGGGAAAUGUUAUCAGUGCCCUGGCUGAGGCUGCUGUAGGGAAGAAAGUAUUGCACGUCCCAUAUAGAGAUUCAGUUCUUACAAAACUCUUGCAAUCUGCUUUGGGAGGAAACAGCAGAACUAUUAUGAUUGCAGCUAUUAGUCCAGCAGACAUGUGUUAUGAGGAGACGCUGUCAACUUUGCGAUAUGCUGAGAGAACCAAAAAGAUAAAGAACAAAGCCGUGAUAAAUGCAGGUCCAACUGCGAAACUGAUAAAUGAGCUGAAGGCAGAAAAUUGUCAUCUGUUGUCCAGAUUGUCAGGCCUUGGAAACUCUGGUAAAACGGUAGCAGAUGAAACAAAAGAGCUUCGCUGUUUGCUAGCUGAAAAUGAGCUGCGGAUUCAAGCCAUUCAGGCUACCUGGGAAUAUCGUCUGGAAGAAGCCCGGAAAGAAUGGGAGCAGCAAUAUGCUGCAGUAACUCAGGAAAGAUGGAUGAUGGAGACAUGUCCUUAUCUUGUGAAUAUCAACGAAGACCCUCAGCUGUCGGGCGUUCUCAAAUAUUUCAUUCAAGACGGUUCUUCAGAUGUUGGUCAGUCAUCCUCAAAUGCAAUAACUCUCCGAGGUUUAGGCAUUUUGGAUAAGCAUGCAACAUUCACAAAUGCUGAUGGUAAAGUUACUAUAACACCUCGGGAUAAGUGUAAAGUCAUUGUUAAUGGUGUCCCCAUUGCUGUGAAAACUAAACUGCAGCAUCUGGACCGUAUUAUUUUGGGGUCAAAUAGUGCAUAUCUCUACAUUGGACCACCUUCAGAUCGCACCAGCGAGGACCUGACCAGAUACGAUUAUGAUUUCAUUCAGUCAGAGUUGGCAGCAGCAGAAGGUUUCAGUGUAGAUAAACUUGGUGCUGCAAACAGGAAGGAUGGCAAGCCAGAUCCCAGUGUCCUUGCUGUGUUCCAUGAUUAUCUUAAGUUAAUGCCUUUGGUUGCUGAAGCCAAUCAAAUGAGUGUGGAGCUGAGAAAGGACCUAAUUUUGGAACUGAAAGUGAAAAAUUUGGCUUCCUCUGACUCUAGAGGCUAUGAUCUGCAAAAGGAGAUCAUAGUUAAAGUGGCGCACAGAGUUACAAACCAGAUAUGGGUUUGGUCAAAACCCAAGUUCAUCAACAGGAAGUUUUUAAUGGAAGAGCUCUAUCAACGUUUCUUAGAUGGAGAAGAUGUGCAGGUUGACAAAGAAAGCGAUCCAUUCUGGGAUCCCGUGGAAGUAAUCCAUUUAGGAUCUGCUCACAUCUGGCUCCAGUCCCUUGCUUAUUGCAUGAAACUUGAGGAACAAACAGAACUCCUGAAUUCUGAAGGAAUGGAGGAAGCCAUCAUACUUAUCAAUAUCAUUCCAUGCUCUCCAAAUGGCAGAGCCUUUGGAGAGGACGAUAUGGUCAUUGAUCCUUUGGAAUUGCUGGGCAAAAGAAUUGAUUUCCAAAUUCACAUUUUACAAUGCCUUGGAGUCAAAUGGAUAAAAGAAGUGGCACAGAGAGGGAUUCAGAUUGGAUAUAAAUUUUAUGAUCUCCCAUGCUCAUUAUACACAAAGCCUGUUUGGAAAAAUGUGAACCCGAAGAUAGAAGAGCUAGUAAAAUUUUCAACCCUUAAUAUGUCCCAUGAUUUUUUGAACUAUUUGCAGAAAAAUGCUCUAAUUGUUGACUUGUGGGGGCUUCAAGAAGGAUGUGCGCAACUGGAUUCCUCUCGGCAAGACAUGGCAUUAACAAGGGAGAGCUCUAUUAUCAUUGAUAAUCCCAGAGCUGAGGUUCUGAGACACACCAGUCUGGACACAGAAAACCAGAUUGCUGAACUUUACCAAAAGCUGUUAAAACUAGAGCAAGAGACUGAACUGCUUAGAGAUAUUAACAGAGCUCUAAGGGAAGAAAAUGUACUUCUGAAGGAUAAAUUGAAAGCGUGCGAGACAGAAACCCAUAAAAGUAAGAUCUUAAAAUCUCCUACAAAACCCCAAGCUGCUAAGGUAACUCAAUCAGCGUCAAAGGAUUCUCGCCCAGUUUGCAAUUCUCGGAUGAGCUGCGAUGCAGAAUUUGCUAAAGCCCUCAAAGCCUUCUACCAGAAUAUGAAUGUGAUCAGAGGCCAGUUUUUGAAAAUAAAGCACUGCAGAGCUCCGGAAGAAGAUAAUGUGCAACUACUUCGACAUUUUGCUGAGAGACAGUCACACAUGUUAAAGGACUUUGGAGAGCAACUUGAGUCAAGUAUAAGUAAACUGAAAAAUGAUGUUGCUUUGAUAGUUAAAAAGAAACGGGAGAGGCUAGGUUGCAGCAAACCAUAAAGUCAUUGUAUGAAAUAAAACAGUAGUGUUUCAGUAUAAUUGUAACUGCUAAAGCAUAUGUUGUUUUGUGUCACUACAAAUUAAGAGCACAACUUAUGUAUUUACCAGACCCACCCUGGACACAGCCACAAGAGGGGAAUAAUCUAGUUCCAGGGUAUGAUCUGAAGGCACCUGAGGCUGUCUCCUUGCUGAAGCUGAGCAGGUCAGGAUCUGGUCAGUGCCUGGGGGGGUGACCCAUGAUGGAAGAAAGGUGGGGUAGAAAUGUAAGAAAAUAAGUAACAGUGCAUGGGAGCAUUAGAAUGUGCUGGUCAUUAUGUACCAUAUAUCUACAAAAGUGUUCCUAAGCUCCCUGUGUGUAAAUUACUCCUGCUGUAACUCCUGAGAAGGAAGUAGAUGGGAAACAGCUGUGGGUCUGCCAGUUCUGAACAGUUUCGGGCAUUGUACUGUCUCUGUGGUAGGAGAGUGACAGUUCCAUUGACCAUUGUACUGUUCUUCUCACACUGACAUAGGAGGAAUUGUUCCAUCAGGAAUGUCUAUACACUUUUUCAAAUUUAUGCACUAAUGCCUUAUUCAGAAUAAUCAGUGUUGGAAUACUGAUCAAUAUUUGGAAAAGUCGUUUGUUCUCUAUGUUAGGACACUUCUCAAUAUAGGGGUGCCAAACGUGGCACAAGGGUUUUUGAGGGGGGAGGUAGUAGGUUAUACUGCCAUUUGGACACCAGGUACCAUUUUGAAUCAAGGUGGCGGACUUAAAUGUGACUUUGGCGUUACAUUUAUUGGUCUAGGUUUUCUGCCUCUUGAGGUGUUGUCACAAAAUUCAAGUACAAGGGUUCCUGAGGUGCGGAUGGCGUCUCUGUCACUGUUUGGGUGCUGGGCACAAUUUUGUUCCAACUGCUGGACCAAAAUAUGACUUCACCUGAUUUUUGGUGUUACGGGUCCAAACUCACAAACUGCACGAGCCAUUUAAAAAUCACAGUAUUUUUUGGUUUCUAAAAAUACCUGGGCAGCCCUGUGCACUUCCUGCUACUUAACUGAAAAACAUUUGGGAAUGUAAUUGGGUUAGGGGUGAUGCUUUGCUUCAGUUUUAGUAAAAUUUUAUUUUUUAAGCAGCGUGUCACAUUAUUUGGGAUGGUGCAGUCAUCACCUGGAUGUCCUCUUAAUGUUCCUUAAAAUAGCCCCAUGCUUUUGAAGGUAGCAAUUUGUGGAGGGGAGGCUACAGCAGCUAAAAGGUAAAAGCAGAAAAUCAUUUACACAAAAGGGCCCUUGCUGUUAUAUGCAAUACCCUUACAGCAUCUUAGCUGUAAUUUGGGCUUAAAGGAGGGACUUAACUUGUAUUCUCGUUCCAUUACAUGGUCUACUAAAAUU